UAGGUGAGAGAAAUCAAGUGUCGCGCACUGUACUGUAUUUUGUGGAUAAAUGGAAGCUCAGGUCCCAAUGUCCAAGAUGCAACGUCAGACCUAAUAUCUGUUCAAGCAAUGUGUCUGGAUAAGAAAUUGGGAAGCCAUAUUGUAGUACCAGAGAUUAGUAGAACUGGUAGUACUGAACAUAAUCUGGUUGAAUUCCGACAAGUGCUGCAUGAAAGGAUUAAAAAUAAUGAUUCAGAUAUUUUUAUUAUUUUAUAUAAUAAUCAAUUUUGUAAUGAUUCGGACAAAGUAUUCGGUAAGUUUAUUUAUUUAUCUUACUGUGUAUCGUAAUAAUUGUUUCUGGGCGUUUGAUUAUAAAUAGUGGAAUAUUAGAUCGAAAAUUGAUGCAAUAAAUAAUUUCACCUUAAUCAUAGGUUGAAGUGCUUAAUCAGCAACAGAAUUUCUACCUCUAGAAAGGGUGAGCUAGUUAUUGAAAUACCCGGGUGAAAACCUGAUCCAAAAAGUACGUUUAGCCGAGUAUUAGAAAUUGGAAUAUAUUAUUACCUCAUGGGUAUACAAUUUGUAAGAAUAACAAAGGGUUUUGCAUUUGGCCAGAUUAUGCAAAACUGAAAUAAUAAAAACAACACUCACAGCUAGCUUGUGUAAAUUAAAUAGUAACUGUUUACUCUCAUUUAUGAGUUUCCAGCACGUAACAACUUUCAGCUACACUUAUUUCAUAGGGCCAUGCACAACCAAAAAUAUCGGCUAAGUUAAGUUAUGAAUCAAUUUAAACCAUACUAAUUUUUCAAGAUGACAUGAUAAUUUAUAGUACAUUCCCUGACUUAAAAAUGUUCUUAAUUAGGUCCACUUUUGAGGAUGUUUUUUAUCUCUGGUAUAUGUGUAAUUUGCUUUUAGCGUAUUAUUUCAAGUUAGUCAUUAAUGUUAAUUAAUUUUUUUUACUAGUGGGUUUUGGUAAAUAAACUUUUAGAACGCCACCUGUUUCCCUUGAGCGCUUGAGCCAUUAUUAAUUAUUCUGGGAAAAAAUUGGAAGUGAACGCGAAUCAAUUUUUAACUGAAACAGUGUGAACAGCAAGCAGGCUUCCAGCGAUGGCAAUUUUUCCAAAUUGCAAGUUUUUAAACCUGGUUAUGAAAUGUGCAACUCUGCUAGGGCUCUUUCCUCACCAGUUUCUCUUCAAGAAACAUUACUACCUUCAACAGGGCUACUCUAUUUUCUCGAAAAUCACAUUCGUUGUGUUCACGCUGAUUCUGCUAAGCACUUAUAUGCAGUUGCUGGUUAUUGUAUGUGCGAAAGAAAUCGAUGUCACCGAACUAUCCAAGAACCUGAUUAUCACCCCUCUGUUCACCAUAACGAUAAUUCGACAAAGUAUUAUGUACAAGUCGGGGUUCAAAAGGCUUUUGGAACAUAUUUUGGAGCGCGAACAGUGGAUGAAUCGUUACGCAAAUGACAAUCAGCUGAAUUUUAUUGAAGAGCGCAGUGCUAAUGAACUGAAUCGCAACAUCAAAAUUUAUCUGGGAAUGAUGAUCAUCACGGAACUGUCUUACACAAUCCGUCCUUUGCUGGAUCCAGCCACGGAAACGCUAAUAUACAAUAAUACCGUUUUGGUGAAAAGUUUGCCUUUGUCUAUAUGGCUGCCAUUCAAUAAAGUGGAUCAUUUUAUUGCAGCCUACGUGUGCCAUAUUAUUUAUACAAUUUUUGGAUCCAGUUAUGAUACGUUCGGAGAAUUCGUCCUGAUUAGUGUACUAGUUUAUCCAACAACCCAACUGAAAGGCUUAAAACACGUGCUCAAAAACAUGGAAUUCUACCAGGAAAAAAUUCUACAACACUAUACACACAUUAGUAAAGAAGACGCUGCCAUUGUUGUUCUUCGCCAAUCGAUUCAGCAGCACAAAAUUAUUGUUCAAUAUGUAAGUGACUUUAAUGAGCUGAUGGGCACGUGCUUGUUCUUGGAUUUCAUCCAAAGUUCUCUUCACAUGGCCUGUGUGCUGGCGGAAGUUUUAACGGAAGACGUAACGUCAAUGCAACUGGUCUCAGUAAUAGCAUACUUAGUGAUUCUCAACUUCAGACUGUUCUUGUACUACUACUAUGCAAAUGAACUUACCGUUUUGAAUCAAGAAUUGGCAGUGGCUAUUUACCAAUCCAAAUGGUAUCAAUACUCGAAGAAAGUUGGAUUUAUGACAUUUAUGAUUAUCAUGAGAAACCAAAAGGGGCUCAAGUACAAGUUGGGAUUAUUUGGCUAUAUGUCGUUAAACAAAUUUAUUUCUAUACUCAACGCAGCCUAUUCGUAUGUUAUGCUAAUGUAUAGCGUCAAGUAAAAUUAGUCGAUGGAACACUACCCGAUUAACAUACCUACAUAAAGGGCACUUAUGGAAGUUUGCCAUUGUAAGCCAGAAUCUACAGAUUUCAACCAGAGAGAUCGCAGCAGAAUCCGGGACAUCCCAAAGCACCGUGAUGAGAGUUAAAAAAAACACAAAUUCCAGAGGAUCAGGAGAAAAUUCAGUUCCAAAAACUUUACUUCCAGGGGAUGAGGAGUUGUGUGUUAAUUUUUGUACAUGGUGUCGAAACAAAUACCAACAAGACAUCCAAUUCCCUUAUAAAAUAUUGUGGCCCGAUGAAACUCGAUUUACAAAUUGCGGUAUGUUUAAUCGACACAAUGAACAUCUUUGGAAUCAAACAUCAAACAAAUCCCCACCACGUUGAGCAAAGGAGGCCACAAAUCAAAUUUGGGUUUAACGUUUGGAGGGUAUGGUAGGCUCAAAAAUUAUUGGACAAUUUAUUUUUUAAGGCACCUUAAAUGGGAGUCGGUAUCUUUAAUUCCUUCGGAAUAACAUGGAUUUUAUGUUAGACGACUUAUAUUCAGAAAUAUGGCGUAAUGUGGAAUGGUUUCAACAUGAUGGCGCUCCUCCGCAUAAUUUUUCCCAAGUGUGGAAUCACCUAGACGUAACAUUUCCUGGGGCUUGGAUUGGACGAAACGGCCAUAUUUUGUGGCCACGUCGAUGACCGGAUCUUUCACCUUUGGAUUGCUUUUUGUGAGACGCCGUAAAAACCACAGUUUACAAAAACAAAUAUUCCAAUUUAAAUGCACUUAAAGAAGUUGUUGUUAGAGGAUUUGAAAAUAUUGAUGGUCGCUCCAGUUUUAUUAUUCAAUUUUAAAGCGUUGCAAUGGUUGUAUUGAUAAUAAUGGUGGACUUUUUGAAAAUGUAUUGCAAUAAAAAUGAAAGAUUCUGCA